UUAUGUUUCGGUUGAGCUUUAGUUUGUCCCGGAGACGUUAAGAAAUGUUGAAUAUGACUGAUUAAUAGCGUGUGAAUACCUCGCACCUGGAAUUAUGGUUGGCAUUUUGCAGGGAAUACAAGGAAUACGCUAGUGAUAAAAAGAGUAAUAAGAUAAGUUCAUGUGAUAAUCAAUGCUGGAGUCAUUUGGAUCUACUGAAUUGUUAAUUUCAUGAUGUAAAUGUGUUGCAGCAGGAGUGAGCUUCACUGAAUUCUUGAAAGUCUAACAGUUACAUGAAUAUGGGUCACUUCCAUACUGGAGAACCACUCCUCUCCUGAUAUGUGUACCUUUUUCUAUCUUUGUGAAUCAUUCACUAGAAAUCUCAGAUAACGUGCCACUCUGAGUAUUUGAACCAUGACCUCCAAAGUGGUAGUUGCGCUCGUAAUGUUAUACCUGUCAGGAUUUACCUGUGGGAUCCGACUGGAUGGCAAUGGGUACACAGAUAUUCUAAUAGCUAUCAACCCCUCUGUGACUGAAGACCCUUUGCUCCUUGAACGAAUCAAGGAAAUGGUGUCUGACGGCUCCUCGUAUUUAUUUCAAGUGAUGAACAACAAAUUGUACUUCAAGGAUGUGACGAUAUUAGUACCCCCAAAGUGGACAGGAAAGUAUUCCAGAGCAAAUACUGAAACAUAUGAAAAGGCCAACAUCAUAAUAGAUGAGCCAAACAAUUUAAAUGGGAACGAUCCUUACACUAUUCACUAUGGGGAAUGUGGGACUGAGGGUCGCUAUAUCCGUCUGACUACUGAUUUCCUGAAACGUGAUGAAUUAAUUAAAUACUAUGGACCCAGAGGUAGGGUCCUUGUACAUGAAUGGGCACAUCUAAGAUGGGGUGUUUAUGAUGAAUAUGAUGAGAGAAAACCCUUCUAUACAGACAAUGGAAAACUGGAGGCUACAAGAUGUACUAAGGAUAUUACUGGAGAGUGGCGAUCCAUCCCCAGUGGAGCCAUGUGCACACCGACCAAUAUCAACGGGAAGCCGUCCAACUGUUACUUCAUCCUGCAUAAAUCUCAAACGGCCAAAACAUCUGUUAUGUAUCUUCAGAGUAUUGACUCAGUAGUCCAGUUCUGCCAUAAAGAAAAUCACAACACUAAGGCUCCAAACAUGCAGAACAGGAUGUGUGGUGGCCGAAGUGUACAGGAAGUUAUAUUUUCUUCCAGCGUGGACUCACAAAAUAUCCCUUCUAGUUCUUUACCAUCACCCAGUCCAAAACCCACAUUCUCAGUGGUGCAAAGACAACAAAGAGUAGUUUGUCUCGUUCUAGAUGUUUCAGGAAGCAUGAAGGGCCAGAGAAUUGUAAGACAACGUCAAGCUGCCUCACUUUUCUUGAAGCAAAUUAUUGAAGACCAAUCCUAUGCUGGGAUUGUCACCUUUCACUCAACUGCCUCAGUCCUAAAACCAUUGACCUUGAUUGAUAAUUUGGAGACCAGAGAAAAUCUGGCUAAUUCACUGCCCACCAACCCCAAUGGUGGCACAGAAAUAUGUCAAGGUCUUUAUAAAGGACUAGAGGUUCUCAGAAUGAAUGGUGGGUUUUCAAAUGGAAAAGAAAUUAUUUUCUUAACUGAUGGAGAGUCUAAUAAUCCAAUAAAUUGCGUAAACAAUGCUAUUGCAAGUGGUGCUACAGUACACACAAUUAGUUUUGGACCUGGUGGAGAUCCACUUAUGGAAGAGAUGUCUGAAAAAACAGGCGGUAAAUUCUUCUAUGCAGGUGAUACUUUGAAUUCCAAUGAGCUUGUGGAUGUAUUUGCCUCACUAACAACUUAUGAUGGAGAUCCGACACAACAGACCAUCCAGCUUGAAAGCCUUGGAUUUACUGUGAGUGGGUCUGGCUUAUUCAGUGGGACUGUGUCCAUUGACAAGACAAUUGGAAACAACACAGCUUUUCUGAUCCUCUAUGAACACAAUCCUCCACCAACCAUCCUUGUAGAAAGCCCCUCUGGACAGAAAUAUAAUACGUUUAAAGCUGAUCCUCAAGGGAAUUCUCUCAUCUUGAAUAUUCCAGGAACAGCAGAGAAAGGAACAUGGACGUACAACAUUACCAAUAAGGGACAAGCACAGACUAUGUCAAUAACAGUGACCAGUCGUGCGGUCAGUGCAGAUGUGCCGCCUGUUACAGUGAAGACUCACAUGAACCAACAGUCCAGUAACGGUGCCAAACCCAUGGUGGUUUUUGCUGCGGUCAGCCAGAAUGGACUUCCUGUCAUACUGGCAGACGUGAGAGCUACUCUGGAGUCUGAUGCUGGAGACAAACAAGAGAUGGAUUUACUAGAUAAUGGAGCAGGUGCCGAUUCUUUCAGAAAUGAUGGCAUCUAUUCCAGAUACUUUACACGAAUGAAAGGUGGGAAAUACAACUUGAAAGUGAGAGUACAGAACGGAUAUGGAAAAGCUAGAUUCUCCCUCAAGAGACACAGUGGGGCCAUGUACAUACCUGGAUAUGUGGUUGAUGGAAAGGUGGAGCUCAAUCCACCAAAGCCCUCUGUUGGUGAGGAGGACCUAGUAGCAGAUGUUGGCAUCUUCAGCAGGACAGCCAUAGGUGAGAGCUUCACUGUGAAUCUGCCACCUGGUGUUCCUGCGACAAAAUUCCCCCCCAACACCAUCACAGACCUGAACGCAGAGUUGGUGAAGGACAGAGUGCUGCUCACCUGGACUGCACCUGGGGAAGACUUGGACCAGGGCACAGCGAGUGAAUACGAGAUCCGCUACAGUGAGGAUCCUGAUGUGCUCAGAUCCAACUUCAGCAAUGCUCAUCUAGUCAACUCAUCUAAUCUGCUACCAAAUGAGUCUGGAUCCUCAGAACAGCUCUCUUUCACUCCCACACAUGGAACGAUGAUAAACGGUACCACUCUGUUCUUUGCAGUUAAAGCAGUUGACAAUGAUAUGCUUUCCUCUGAAACCUCCAACCUUGCUCAAGUAACCAACGUCAUUGGGUACGUUGAAAACGGUGUCAACAUCAAUGCAAUUGUCAUAUCCGUCACGAUUUUGACCAUAGUGGUUGGUUUGAUUGCAUGUGUAACAGUGACUAAACUAAAACUACAACAGAAGGCUGGAUGGUAAUGACUAAUAUUGUGCACUUUACAAUGAUUGAAAGUAACGAGCUCUGUAUAAAAAACUUUAAAAAGAAAGACCAAACAUCACGUCCUAUAAAAUAGGAAGAUUCUGUCUUGCAAGCUAAUAAGCCCUGGUAUAUUGAAAUUGAAAAUGGGAAACUUGUGAUUUCCAAUGUUUGUUGCUAUUUUGUAAUUGUUUUUGUUUAUUUUCUGAUUACACCACCAGUGUUCAUUCACAAAUAUUGAUUCAUUCCUGAACACACUUCCAACACUUUUUGUUGGACCUUUCUUCUGGCAUUUCUUAGUCUCAUUUUAGGUUUAAUGAUGGUCACGCACAUGUGCAUUCACUGUAAGGCCUGGGCCAUGCAAAAUGUAACCGUUUUUUACAAUCACUUUGACACUAAUUUCAGAACUUUGAUAUCCUUUUUCAAAACUCACAGCUGAUAAUCAAAAUGCAAAUUUUUCUAAACGCUAACACAAUUUUCUAAUUUUCUAAUACACAUACACCUUGGAUCAUUUGUUCAUUUAACUAUAAUCAUCUGUUCAAAAUGGCACAACUUAACAUCAUUAACAUACCGGACACCUAUUUAGCCUGUCGUUCUGUGUGCUAUUGUGUAGUUGAAUAACUUGCCUCUCCAGAUUAAAUGUCUGUUCUUGGUCUUGGAUUUUGAAAUACAUUUCUAAAUAAAUGCGUAUAUAUCCAGUGCGACAUA